AUGUCGAUAUUAACUGCCGCGCUGGUGAUCGCGCUGGUCUUUGGCUGCUUCGCUGAAGAAGAGGAGCCUCGGUGGGCCUUCCAGGUGCCACGUUAUUUACGUACAAGAAGGGAACCCCAUCAAUAUCCAGGAUUCGUCCACCAAUGCUACGACACGGGUCCGUUGAUAGGAGAAUCGGGACACGUGAAUGUGGUCGCGUUUUUAGACCCUUCAUGGUACUACAGCUUUAGACAGGCAAUCAUGUUGGACUUAUUGAAGAAACGAUUAGAAAGAUCCGGCUUCACGGACAUUGUCUUCUUCAUCGUGAUACCGUCUUCGAACUUACCGGAGAACACCAUGGAGAACAAUGUGGAGAUAAAAACGUGGAAAAGGAUAUCUAUGAAUAUGGUGGAACCGGAGUACAUUUUGGGCACGGACGAAACACAAUUUAACGAUCUCGCGAGAAACAGCAAGAAGGACAUUCUUUGUGUUCAGGACACACCUGAUUUGGGUAUCUGGGAACGCUUUCGCGCCUCGAAGGAUGAAGUGGUGGUUGUCGAUCGCUGUGGGAGAUUAACAUAUCAAGUAAUAAUACCAUGGAGUAUAUUAUAUUUCCCUUAUGUUAAAGCAGCGAUCCUUUCUACGUACAAAGAGAAUCCAUGUGGUCCGUGCGAUGUAAUGACUUUUUUGUGCAAUGAACAGAAACAACCGGUGCCAGAGUAUAGUUCAAUGGUGUAUAACGAAUAUCUUCCUGGAAACAUUAAUGUGGAUAUAAAAGGAACAGAAAAAACAUUUGAUUCCUAUACGGAAGGAACUCCUCACAACUUCGAAUCGGAGAGUGUCACAGUGCUUUCAGAAAAAUCGAAGGAGAAUGAUAAAUACACUACCACUGUUGCUCCGAUUGAUGUAAAUUUAAGUACAAAUGAAACCACUACUUCUGAUGUGACGAUAACUGAUACACCACUCAUUACAGCAGAUCACAUAUAUGAUACUACACCAGUGGAAGAUAUAAGACAGGAUAAUAAUAUGACAGAUAAUGCUACUUUUACCGACGAUAAAAUUGAAACAACAACAGAGAUCUCAUUAGAACACGGUCAAACUGUAACUUUGUCGACAAUCUCGGAGGUCAGUUACAAGGCAACUGAAGAGUACAAUGAAACACAAGACAUUGACCCUUUCAAAGCACAAAUGAACACAAGUAAUACCAACACGUUACUCACGAUUGUUGACACAGAUACUGAUUUAAAAGAAAAUCAUAAAAAGCAUGAAGAUGUAGAAGAUGAAAUUCAUGAGACAAAAACUACGGGUAUUGGGAGCGCAGGAACGAAAGUUACGAAAAACGAGAAAUUACCUUUACGUAUAAUACUAUACGCGCCACACAUACAUAAAGAAAAUGAGACAUUGAAACAAUACACGCAUUUAAUUCUUCAGGCUGGAAACCCUGGUUACCAUGAUCACUUUAAUUAUAUGAGUGCAGUCGACGAACAGAAGCCAAUGAUUUCAGAAAAUUCAGAUCCGACAACGGUAGGAAAUAAAAUGUCAGAGGGAUUCAUAAGUGGCAUAAAUGAGAGUCCAGGAGUAUACGGUGAAAUAGCAGAUUAUUGGAGAACUGAAGACGAUGAAUUCAAUAAUCAAAACGAAAAUAUAGCAUAUUUUGAACCCGAUGAUGUUACGAUUGACGACGUAGAGAGUAAAAUUGAUAAUAAUGAAAGUCACACACUGGCGCAGUCCGUCGAUGUCAAUGCAGACGCAGACAUAAAAAUUAACGUCAGUUCGGAAGAUUCGGAUGAAUUUGUACAGCGUCGACUAAUUGAACAUUAUAGAAAACUGCUAUCGUGGAUUUAUUACAGUCUAUAA